ACCCAAAAGAAAAGCCCAAAACUUCACACAGUGACAGACUACCAGCAAAAACUCUCUAGGAAGUUAGGAGAAGAAAAUGAAGGGAGUGAGCAUGAUACUGCGUCGUUUAACACGCAGCGGUAGAACCCCGUUGCUGGCUUCUGGGUCAUCUUCGAUUGGCGAAAACCUAAUUCUAUCCUCCGCGGCCACCGUUUCGUACCUCACUCUCGCCGAUGUUCAGCCCACCCCGCUAUUCACUUCCCAAAUCGCCCUUACUCCCAAUUCGAAUUUACAAUCGUUCCAUGUUUAUAGUCAUUCCCGAAGCUUCUCCUCUUCAGCUUCCUCAGAUCCGAGCAAUAUCGUGUUGAUUGAGUCUGAAGAGCAGUUUACUAAUUCACUUCAGAAAGUUCAAGAUGAAUCACUGCCAGCAAUAUUUUACUUUACAGCAGUUUGGUGUGGACCCUGCAGGUUGUUAUCACCUAUCAUUGGGCAAUUGAGUGAGAAAUACCCUCAUGUCACCACAUAUAAAAUUGAUAUAGAUAAGGAAGAGCUUGGAAAUACUUUAAGCAAGUUGAAUAUCCAUUCGGUGCCUACCCUGCACUUCUUUCAGAAUGGUAAAAAGGCAUCGGAAGUUAUUGGUGCCGAUGUUGAACGUUUGAGGGAUACCAUGGAAGCACUCUACAAAUGAAUCUAGCUUUAGUACAUGUUUUAUGCCUUGGCUUCAAACAAAAUGUGUUAUUUUAAUUCCUAUAAUUUCAGUGACUUGGUGUUCUAAUUCAGUCAUCAGAUUAAUUUUAUUAACAGAAAAAUCUUAUUUUUUGUAUUUGCUGCAGAAUUAAAUACAUACCUAUAUGGCACGUGCCGGCUGCACCUAUAUCU